AUGCCAGACAUUAGCCUUGUGUUGGAAGACUUUGAGAUGACAAUGUAUCGCAAGUUCUCCAAGUGUGAAUUCUGGCUGAAGAGCAUUUCAUUUCUGGGGCAUGUGGUUAGCGGUGAAGGUAUUUUUCUUGAUCCCGCAGAAGAUUCAAUUGUUGCGGGUUGGCCAAGGCCUACUACGGUAUUUGAGGUACGUAGUUUCUUAGGCAUGGCUGGAUAUUACAGGAAGUUUGUAAAAGGAUUUUUCACAGAUUGCUACGGCUCUGACGAGACUGACUCAGAAUGUCAAGUAGCUUUGUUUGGACACUGGAGUGUGAGGCUAGUUUUCAGAAGAUUGAAGGAUUGUCUGACUUCAGCUCCAGUGUUAGCACUUCCGUCAG